AUGGCACACAUCUACGAGGUUGGGACAAGGGCCUGGCAGUCCGACCCUCAAGAGGGAUGGGUUGCGUCCGAGGUGAAGGAAAAGUUGGUGGACGGAGACAAGGUUCAGCUGAUUUUCGAGCUGGAAAAUGGCGAGACCAGAACCGUCGACACUACGCAGGCCGAAUUACAAGUGGAUAACAACCCCAACCUACCUCCAUUGAUGAAUCCAGCCAUGCUGGAAGCAAGUGAAGACUUGACAAAUCUGUCUCACCUGAACGAGCCUGCUGUUUUGCAAGCUAUAAAGCUUCGGUACGCCCAGAAAGAGAUAUAUACUUACAGCGGAAUCGUCCUCAUUGCAACAAAUCCAUUCGCUCGCGUCGAUUCAUUGUAUGUACCUCAGAUGGUUCAGGUGUACGCUGGAAAACAACGAGCUUCGCAGGCUCCCCAUCUGUUCGCCAUCGCCGAGGAAGCCUUUGCUGACAUGCUCCGCGAUGGAAAGAAUCAAACAAUCGUUGUCUCUGGCGAGUCCGGUGCGGGCAAAACAGUGAGCGCGAAAUACAUUAUGCGCUACUUUGCGACUCGAGAGUCUUCGGAUCAACCAGGGAAAUACACCACUGCCCGAGCGGAGGCGAUUAGCGAGACAGAGGAGCAAAUUCUUGCGACAAACCCGGUUAUGGAAGCUUUUGGUAACGCCAAAACGACCCGAAACGAUAACUCUUCCCGAUUCGGUAAAUACAUCGAAAUCAUUUUUGACGAUAAGACGAACAUCAUUGGUGCCAAAAUCAGGACCUACUUGCUGGAGAGAUCCAGACUUGUGUUUCAGCCUCUCAAAGAACGCAACUAUCAUAUCUUCUAUCAGCUCGUGGCUGGAGUUACCGACGAGGAGAGGCAGGAGUUAGGGAUUCUGCCCGUGGAGGAGUUUGAAUAUCUGAAUCAGGGCUCUGCGCCGGUUAUCGAUGGUGUCGAUGACAAGGCUGAAUUUGAUGCCACUCGGAAAUCAUUGGCUACCAUCGGUGUAACGGCGGAAAGCCAAACUGAAAUCUUCCGUGUUCUUGCAGCUUUGCUCCAUUUGGGUAAUGUGAAGAUAACUGCUACUCGCACGGAUUCCACGCUCUCCCCUACGGAACCCUCGCUAGUCCGGGCCUGUGAAAUGCUUGGAAUUGAUGUCCAUGAAUUUGCGAAAUGGAUUGUCAAAAAGCAGCUGAUCACUCGUGGAGAAAAGAUCACAUCAAAUCUCACACAGCAACAAGCGAUUGUUGUACGAGACUCCGUUGCCAAAUUCAUUUACUCAAGCUUGUUUGAUUGGCUUGUGGAGAAGAUCAACCGAGGUUUGGCCACAGAGGAGGUAGUUCAAAAGGCUCGGACCUUCAUCGGUGUGCUGGAUAUCUAUGGUUUCGAACAUUUCACCAAGAACUCUUUCGAACAGUUCUGUAUCAAUUACGCGAACGAAAAAUUACAACAAGAGUUCAACCAGCACGUUUUCAAGCUUGAGCAGGAGGAAUAUGUCCGCGAGCAAAUUGACUGGACAUUCAUCGACUUCUCUGAUAACCAGCCUUGUAUCGACUUGAUUGAAGCUAAACUUGGCAUUCUGUCCCUGCUCGAUGAGGAGUCUCGUCUUCCCAUGGGUUCCGAUGAACAGUUCGUAACUAAGCUUCAUCACCACUUUGCUGCCGACAAGCAAAAGUUCUACAAGAAGCCUCGGUUCGGAAAGUCUUCAUUCGCUGUUUGCCACUAUGCUGUCGAUGUGACCUACGAAUCAGAUGGAUUCAUCGAGAAAAACCGUGAUACUGUUCCAGAUGAACACAUGGAAGUUCUGCGGAACUCAUCAAGUGACUUUAUUAAAGAUAUUCUGGAUACUGCAGCAGCCGUUCGUGAGAAGGAUACCGCUUCCACUUCAUCAAAGCCCGUGGCCGCUCCUGGAAGACGAAUCGGCGUUGCUGUCAACCGCAAACCGACCCUCGGAGGGAUUUUCAAAGCUUCCUUGAUUGAGCUGAUGAGCACCAUCAAUUCGACUGAUGUGCACUACAUUCGUUGCAUCAAGCCCAAUGAAGCAAAGGUGGCCUGGAAGUUUGAAGGUCCUAUGGUUCUCAGUCAGCUGAGGGCCUGUGGUGUGCUAGAGACGGUUAGAAUCAGUACUGCAGGAUACCCGACCCGUUGGACCUACGAAGAAUUUGCUAUUCGCUACUAUAUGUUGUGUCAUUCCUCUCAGUGGACAUCGGAGAUUCGAGACAUGUGUCACGCUAUCCUACGCAAAGCAUUGGGCGAUGUCAACCACCAGAAGCAAGACAAGUAUCAGCUGGGAUUGACUAAAAUCUUCUUCCGCGCUGGUAUGCUUGCCUUCUUGGAGAAUCUUCGCACGUCACGUCUGAAUGAGUGUGCAAUCAUGAUCCAGAAGAACCUGCGAUGCAAGUACUAUCGCCGCCGCUAUCUUGAAGCGCGUGAGUCUAUCCUUACAACACAGGCGAUCAUUAGAGGAUACUUGGCCCGCCAGAAAGCCCAAGAUAUUCGCCGUACAAAGGCGGCUACCACCAUCCAACGAGUCUGGCGUGGCUCAAAGCAGCGGAAAAGUUACAACCAGAUUCGAGACAACUAUAUCUUGUUCCAGUCUGUUGCCAAGGGAUUCCUCUGCCGAAGAAACAUCAUGGAUUCCAUCAACGGCAAUGCUGCAAAGAUCAUCCAGCGUGCUUUCCGUUCCUGGCGCCAAUUGCGCGGCUGGCGUCAGUAUCGCCGCAAGGUUGUGAUUGUUCAAGCACUGUGGAGAGGCAAACAGGCCAGAAAAGCUUACCGAGGCCUUCGUGAGGAGGCUCGGGAUCUCAAGCAGAUUUCAUACAAACUAGAGAACAAGGUGGUCGAAUUGACUCAGAACUUGGCAACACUCAAACGGGAAAACAAGUCGCUUGUGUCUCAGCUGGAGAAUUAUGAGACUCAACUCAAAUCCUGGCGUAGCCGUCACAACGCCCUAGAGGCCCGCGCGAAAGAGCUCCAGGCCGAGGCCAACCAGGCCGGUAUCACUGCGGCACGAUUGGAAGUUGUUGAGGACGAGAUGAGUAAGCUUCAACAGAGUCACACAGAGGCUCAGGCUACUAUCAAACGUCUCCAAGAAGAAGAGAAAGCCUCUCGUGAAGCACUGCGCGCUACUAACGAAGAACUGGAGCGUCUCAAGCUACUCAAUGGUGAUCAAGAUAAGGAAAAGUUUGCCCUCCGCCAACGCGUUUCAGAGCUCGAAGAGCAGCUGGAUGUCGCAAAACGAUCGAUGCCUACUAACGGCGUCAAUGGCGAUGCGACUAAUGGCGCCGCGGCUCCAACCCCUGCUACUGGCCUAAUCAAUCUUGUUUCUUCGAAGAAACCCAAGCCCAAGAGACGCAGUGCUGGUGCAGAAAAGAUCGAUAGCGACCGCUUCAGUGGGGCGUACAACCCUCGGCCUGUUUCUAUGGCCGUCGCAGGGCCAGGUGCUGCUCGUGCCAAUGCCGCGAUUUCUCCCGGCUUGGAUUCUGUGGAAGCUGAGCUCGAGCAGCUGCUUUCCGAGGAAGAUGAGUUGAAUGACGAAGUCGCCAUGGGUCUCAUUCGCAAUCUCAAGAUCCCUCUGCCCAGCUCCACACCUCCGCCAACCGAUAAGGAAGUCUUGUUCCCUGCGUACUUGAUAAACCUGGUAACCUCUGAGAUGUGGAACAAUGGAUUCGUCAAGGAGUCUGAGCGAUUCCUGGCCAAUGUCAUGCAAUCUAUUCAACAGGAGGUGAUGCAGCAUGAUGGGGAUGAUGCCAUUAACCCCGGUGCGUUCUGGCUUUCAAACGUUCACGAAAUGCUCUCUUUUGUGUUCCUUGCCGAAGAUUGGUACGAGGCGCAGAAGAGCGACAACUAUGAGUACGAUCGUUUGCUGGAGAUCGUCAAGCACGACCUGGAGAGCCUGGAGUUCAAUAUCUACCACACUUGGAUGAAGGUACUGAAAAAGCGAUUGUACAAGAUGAUCGUCCCCGCCAUCAUCGAAUCUCAAUCACUCCCGGGUUUUGUUACCAGCGAAACCAACCGCUUUCUUGGCAAAUUACUGCCAUCCAAUAACAACCCUGCAUAUAGCAUGGACAACCUCCUCAGUCUUCUCAACGGCGCCUACAGAGCCAUGAAGGCCUUCUACCUUGAAGACUCCAUCAUUUUACAGACUGUCACUGAGCUCCUGCGCUUGGUUGGCGUGACUGCAUUCAAUGACCUACUCAUGCGCCGAAACUUCCUCUCAUGGAAGCGUGGCCUACAGAUAAACUACAACAUUACAAGAAUCGAGGAAUGGUGCAAGAGCCACGAUAUGCCGGAGGGGACGUUGCAACUGGAGCAUCUGAUGCAAGCAACCAAGCUUCUCCAGUUGAAGAAAGCGACCCUGAAUGAUAUCGAGAUCAUUCAGGAUAUCUGCUGGAUGUUGUCCCCGAACCAAAUCCAAAAGCUCCUGAAUCAAUACCUGGUUGCGGAUUACGAGCAGCCCAUCAACGGCGAAAUCAUGAAGGCUGUUGCUUCUAGGGUCACUGAAAAGAGUGAUGUACUGCUACUCGCUCCGGUCGAUAUGGAAGACAGCGGUCCCUAUGAGAUCGCUGAGCCUCGCGUCAUCACGGCUCUGGAGACAUACACUCCGUCUUGGCUCCAAACGCCGCGAUUGAAGCGGCUGGCUGAGAUUGUAUCAGCGCAGGCGAUGGCUCAACAGGAGAAGAUUGAAAUAGACAAUGGGAUGCUGGAAGAAUAG